AUGGUGACACGAGCCGAGUUUCGCUGCAUUCGCCGCGCUUCGCUGCAGAUGACAUGCUUCAUUUCUGUUGUUUAUUCUUCCAGACCCAUAUACUACCUUGACGAAACCUGGGUCAACGCCGGACACACAAAGGAUAAAGUAUGGGAAGACGCGAACAUCACGACACGGGAGGAGGCCUUUCGGCAAGGCCUGACCACAGGGCGUCGCGCACCAAGCGGCAAAGGUGGCAGGCUCAUCCUUUUGCACGCCGGCAGUGAGGACGGGUUUCUGAAUUCUGCAUGCCUUCUCUUCCGAGCUGCAAAACGAUCUGGGGACUACCACACCGAAAUGGACGGGCCGCGCUUUGAGAAGUGGUUCGGUGAACAACUUUUGCCCAAUAUCAAGCCGUGCAGUGUCAUUGUAAUGGACAACGCGCCGUACCACAGCGUCCGCCUCGAUAGAGUUCCAACAUCGUCAUCUCGAAAGGCUGGCAUUCAGUCGUGGCUGACAGAAAAGAACACCGUGUUUUCACAAGACCAAUUGAAAGCUGAGCUGUUGGAUUUGGUGAACGACCACAAGAAGAUGUUUUCCGCCUAUCGCGUGGAUGUUUUGGCGAAGGCUGCCGGUCACGACGUCGUGAGGCUUCCUCCGUAUCAUUGCGAAUUUAACCCGAUCGAACUGAUAUGGAGCCAGGUGAAAGGUUACGUCGCUGCUAACAACACAACAUUCACCCUUGCCGGCGUUGAAAAACUGGUGCGUGAAAGCAUCGAUCGCGUAACGCCAGACAACUGGCUCCAGGCAUGUGCUCAUGUGAAAAAAAUCGAAGAGGACUUGUGGCAACGUGACGGCCUCAUCGGCUCAAAGCUCGACCAGCUUAUAAUUCCACUCGGGUCAGAGUCCAGCACCGAGAGUGACGGUAGUGACAGUAAUAUGAGCGAACUGGAAUACCUCACAUGA